AUGUCGAUCCCAGUACCGCCUCCUCCGCCUGUUCCAGACCCCAAACUCGAUGCCACGACUCUAUCCUCACAGCUCCCUCAAGCCCAAGUCGAAAAUCUACGAUAUAAAAUUAUUCAGAUUAUGGAGAGUAUCAACGGGCUGUUGGUCACGUUGAAUACGGGCGGUAUGCAAUUGGCGGCUUGGCCGGACCUAAUGACCAAAUACAACGUUCUCCUCUCGAAAACCCACACUCUAGCCGCAAGUCUCUCGACUCCGCCUACACGAAAAGGGGCUAUUGGGUUUAGACAAAUUGUUCCUACGCCGUUUGCUGUCAACGGACCUCCUGACGGUCAAUCCAAGUCCGGUAUCACCACCGCCACCACCACCACCGCCGCCGCCAAUAGUACGAACCCGUCUGGGUCAAAUGUUCCAAACACUACUGGGUCGAACGUCGCGACUUCCAAUUCAACGGCCACAGGACCCAACGCGACGACUACGGCGACAGCGACAGCGACAGAUACGCCCGGUCCGACGGGGCUAGAUCCUCAAUUGGACGCGAUGCUCGAAGCGCUCUUGGAUGGUCGGCGGUCGAUUUCGGUUGCCAAGAGUGAUGUGGCGAAUGUUGCGCGGUUGCAUCUUCCUGGAGGUUCAACUGGACUUGGGGUGGGUGCUCUCGGGGGAUUAGGGGGAGCCGUAGGAGGAGGAGUGGGAGGAGGAACAGGGAUGGGGAUGGGGAUGGGGGGAGGGACGGAUACGGUUCCACCUGAUGUGAUGCUCGCGAGGCUGGAAGAGGUUCGAAAGGCGCAUGAUGCGAGGUGUGCGAGGGGCGUUGAAGCUGUGCGACAACUUAAAGACAAGUACGACUGGAAAUCCCGUCUCUUGUUCGACGACUCGGACUCUGAAUCGUCAAUCGCAGUCGCAUCGCACCAUUCAUCGGAAGAACUCGGCUCGGUGGGCGGAGAAGACGAAGACAUGGUCGAGGUUGCUCCGCCGCCCGACUCGGAUCCGCCGAUGGUGAUGGAGGAAGAACAAGGGGACACACCGACGCAGACGCGGGUGUUUGUCCCCGUCGCAGAGGACUCGGAUAGUGAUAGCGACGAGGACGAGUCGCCGGCUAUGAAUAUUGUCGAAGGUGUGGUUGGGAUGGGUAUGGGAGGGGAGGAUGGGAGUGAUAGUGAUGGGAUGGAGGAUGUGUCUGUUGGGAUGGGUGGGCCGGGUUUGGGUGUGGGUGGACAUGGUCAGAAUGGGCCGUCGUCGACGCAGCAGCAGCAGCAGCAAGGGCAGCAAGGACAGCAGGGACAACAAGGGCAGCAAGGGCAACAUGGACAACAGCAAGGACAACAGGCACCAGCGCCGAUAUCCGCUUUGGAUAACCUUUGGUCUAUUGAACCGUAA